CUGUCCUUCCCUUAACCUCCCCUUUUCAUUCUUUCAAUUUCGCCAGAGGCGCGAAUUUCGGCGGAUUAUCAAUUUCCUCACCGCUAAUCCCCUUUCUAAUUUUCUAAUACUUAAAUUGCCAGAACUUUUAUAUACUUUUAAAGCCCCCAAAGGCUUUUUCCCACUGGCCAAGAGGAAAAGAAGAAUUUCUAAAAAACUUUUCUCUCCCUCAAUUUAGUCCAAUGGUGUCCAAAAUAAUUUUUAUUAAACAACAAAUUUUUAAUAUUUUUAUUCAAAAAUAUUUACAACAAUACAGCCUAUUUUUGUUAAUUUUAUUUUUGGUUAAAAUACCAGAAAAUGCAUUAGCCUUGGAUUGCAUUCAAUGCGAUCGACAAGCUCUUUGGUAUUCCCCCGAAGAAAAUGAAAGGCACAUUUCCCGAUGCCAGAAAGGGCUUAUUCCUUCUACUAAAUGUAUGAAUUCAUCACAUACACACUGCAUUUACAGUUAUUAUAGACAAUCUGGAGUGAUAACAGUGACUGAGAGAAGGUGUGGGACUGUAGAAGAAAUCAGUGGAUGUACACUUUACAAAUCACUUAGACGGGCAAAACGGCACUUUAUUGGAGGCACGGGAACAGAUAUUAAUGUAGGGAAUUCACCUGCUAGCCAUCGACGAAGGGAAACUGGCCCUCUUGUUGUUGAGGUUUGCACAAGUGGAUGUCAGGAAGAUGGAUGUGUUUCUGGAGGAAUUAGACAAAAAUAUGGGGAAUGGACAGUUUUGGGAUUUUUGUUAACAACAAUUCUAAUUUUGAGAUAUUUUAAUGGGGAAGAGUUGAUUAUGGAAAGGAGAAGAAAAUGA